AUGGGCAAAAUGGCAGUCCAAUGGAAGCGAUUUUCUGCAGAUAUUGUCGAGGCAGUUGUCAACUACGCAUACACCGGUGGCCUCACAAUCUCCACUGCCAAUGUCACCCGACUCUACCUGUUGGGAUAUAAUCUCGGCUCAGGACAGAUUGUCACAUGAAUUAACUUAGACAGUGUGGGAGAAGUUUGGUCAAUCGCCAAUGUCACAGGAAACAGUGGACUUAUCGAACUCUGCCUUCCACUGCUAAUGCAACACUUUGACGAUCUGUGUUUUCGACGGAACCUUUUGCAGCAGACAACAUCAGAGUACUUGGAGGUCCUAGUGGGAAAUAAGCAGGCCGAGAGUGUGAGUGAGGAGGCUAAAUUUCGUGCCAUCUCCAAGUGGCUGGAUUUGGGUUUUGAUAUGUGUGAUCUGGAGGAGAGGGCAAAAGAAUUCACAAAGCUGAUAACAAAGAUUGACCUGACUGAACUGUCGCCUCAAUUUCUCACCGAGUUUUGGAAGUUGGGUGAAGGAAUAUGCAGAAUUGCGCUUUGCAGAGAUGUGCUUCUAGCCUACGGGUGGAAUAAGACCUCGAGAUGUUGGAUGUUGACAUCUGUACCGCAGUUGCAACCGGAGGAAUCCAUCAACUAUUCAAUUCCAUUCAAUGGAGAAGCAGCCGUAUCGGACGGCCGUUUUUAUGUCCUAGGCGGGGUUGGCACCAAAACCAAUCUACUGACCUUGAAUUUUCGUGAUGGCUCUAAUUCCACAACUCCAGUACAAAUGGAUCCACGGAGCGACUAUUCCAUCAUGUGGAGCAAUGACUCAAUAUUCAUUUUUGGUGGUCAUUAUCGUGGACAAUGUCUUUCCACCUGUGAAAAAUUGGACACCACCAAUGGCGAGCUCACUAAACUUCCAGACAUACCGAACGCACGACAUGGAAUGUCGAUUGUAAGCACUCCCGACUUUGGAAUUGUGGCUGUCGGUGGAAGUGAUCGGGUGGAUUCGAAUUUGCCAACGUCUCGAAACGCCGACAUGAUGGUAGAAGAUGAUGCAAAUACAGGGGGUUGGCAUUGGACGAAGCUUAGCCCGAUGUUGAAGGAGCGCUAUCGUCCGGGAAUCGCCUCAUUCAACCAAUGCGUAGUGGUUGCUGGAGGCGACGCAGAGUACACCGUAGAGAGCCUCUCGCUGACAUCGAAUGCUCAAUGGACGCUUCUGCGGGGUAUCGAUAAUUAUUUCAGUUCUUGGGAUCUCCGUCUAAGUCCGGCAACCUCCUCUCACCUGGCACAGAUAAUGACGACUCGGAUUAACAAACUCAUUCACGCUACCAUGGAUCUAUUCCUCCUCCGUCACAUCGGCAAUUCUGCUCGGUUUGGUGUUCUGCUCUACGGUCUCACCUACAUCGGAGCACGGUUUAACUUUUUGACGCUGUGCAUAUGGGGUGAGCGGUGA